UGGUUUCUUGCCACUUUUUAUAUAAUUUUCUCUUCUCUUUUAUUUUUCCUUGUACUUCGUUUGACCACCACCAAGUCUCUUUAUCCUCAAACUUUUUUCCAGACGUUUUCCCAAGUAUUUCAAUAGCAGUCUCUCUAAUACUACUGGCCAUUUUUCUCCAAAUUGUAUUAGGGCUUCCUUUCAUGUUCCAACAUAUUUUUUCUACUAUUCUUCUCCUGAAUAGACCUUCUUUCUCAUCUUUCAGCAGCCACCACUUGAUUUUUUUGUGGUCCUCUCCGAUAUUUUGGUUUAGUUUCGCUUUUUACUUCGAUGUCCAGAACAAGCAGCUUAUGUUGUUGGCUUACUGUCUCACUAACUAUUACCUUGCAGUCCUUGCAUUCACGUAUGUCUUCUUUCCUUAUCAUGAAGUAGUCUAUUUGGGAUUGAUGUUGUCCACUUUUGUAGGUAAUAAGUUGAGUUUCUCUCUUUUUAAAGAAUGUGUUAACAAUCGCCAUAUCCAAUGCUGUUGCUAAUUCUAGCAUGUCAUCUCCAGCUUCAUUUCUAGUUCCAAAGCCUAAUCCCCCAUGUAUUGUUUCAUAUCCUAUCUUGGCUUGGCCCACAUGUGCAUUGAAAUCACCUCCUAUUAUAACUUUCUCCUCUGCUGGAAUAUCACUCAGUACGUCUCCUAAUUGGUCGUAGAAAGCUCUUCUUUCAUUCUCACCCAGACCUGUUUGAGGAGCAUACACACACACAACAUUCAAUACCUCUUUAUCAAUUACAAAUUUCACUGACAUCAUUCUAUCACUCGUUCUUACAACUUCUACUACGUUAUCUUUCAUUUCACUAUCAGCAAUUAUACCAACUCCAUUUCUAGUGUUACUACUCCCUACAUACCACAAUUUAUAUCCAUCACCUAGUUCUUUCGCCCUUUGUCCAUUCCACCUAGUUUCUUGAAUACAAGCAAUUUGAACUCUUCUUCGUUUGAGCGCAUCCACUAACUCCAGACUCUUACCUGUAAGACUCCCAAGAUUCCAAGACCCUAUCCUGAUUUUUCUAACCUGCAAUGGUGUUCCCCCUGAGAUAGUCCUCACCCGGAGAUCCGAAUGGAGGCUCAUUUUACUUCCGGAACAUUUUACCUCAGGAGAUGCCAUCAUUUCAGUAUAAGUUUUUAUUGCGUUUGGAGAAGGUCUUUUCAUUAUUAUGGCCUGAAAAGAUUUUGUUUGGAUAAAAAGCCAGAAAAAUAAAAAACAUAACGUCACAAUACCUACGUGAAAGAAGAAACUAUAAAAAAAUAAAAAAAUCUGGCGCGGGUCAGAAUUUUAUACCCAGGUGGUUUGGUUAUAACGCAAUCAGUUUUAUGCAUGAUAAAAAUAAACCAAGAAAAGGCGUUCAAAUCGGUGGAGAAUAUGAGGAAAGUGAAUCUUCAGAUGACGACCCUCAAACGGAGACCCAAAAUUCUGUUGACAUCCAUGACCUCGAGGAUGAACCUGAAAGAUCUAAAGUUGAAAACUCUGCUACACCAUUGGAAACUGACAAGUUUUGUAUGCAAAAUGCUUCAACCUCAAAUGCACCUGAAAAUGAGUUUACAUCAAAAAACCAACCCAAAAAGAAAACCAAUAGAAAUGUGGAGAAAGACAAUGAAAGUGAAAGCACACAAGUAUUUAAUAUGAUGAAAUCAGUAUAUGAAAAAAAAGAGCGUGAUGAAUAUGACGUAUUUGGAGAGAUGGUAGCUAAUAAUAUUAGAAGCUUAAAAACUGAAUACUCAAGGAUUACUGUGCAACAGCAGAUUACAAAUAUAUUGUUUGAUGCUCGCAGGUCCCACCUUCCACAAAGCAGUUGCACCCCAAUGCCUUCACCUUCCACACCGUCAUGGGCUGUCAUAUCUGACAAUUCAUCAGCAAGUGCAAUGUCAGGACAGAAAGUUCAAGUAAUUACUUUAAGCGAGACAAAUGAUUUCAACCCAAUACAAGGAGAGACAAGUAUUUUAAAAGAAGCUUUUUCAUCACUUUUUCAGGACAUUAAUUAAAAAAAUAUGUAUUAAAAGUAAGUUAAAAUGUAUUAAUUUCGUUUUUCUUCUUAAUAAUCAGAAAUAAAUAAAA